CAAGUCUGCCGGGUUAGCAACUUCUUUCGGAGCGGACUAACUACAACCCGGGCUUUUCCAAUGCUGUUGUUGGCAUAGCAACAUUAGCUGCACGGUCAAGAAUGUUGUCUCGUACAACAUCAAGGCUGAUGUUGAAUAAACCAUAAUUACGUCUCACAUCACAGCAUUAGCAUUGAAAGCACAACUCGUUCUCGUUCCCUAUAAGCUAACAAAUCGCAAAAUGCAGGACAGCAAAUCCAAUCGCUUUCUCCUCACAUCCUGGUUGUCGACCGCGGAUGAUUGGCUUAGCCCUACUGAGUUGCAGCAAGAGUUGCAGCAGCAAGAUCAAUCGCCCUUCCUUCUAUCACAAUCCACACUUGUCUCUCCACCUUCUCAGUAUUCUUUCACAGUCCGAAAUCCAACAAAGGGACGGAGCAGAAAGCGCCUUGUAUCGGAGAUGAACCAGGAAACGGCCUCAAACGCGAGCGGAGAAUCCACGAGGACGACAACUACGUCGACACCUUCAUUUCACAAUCGGCCAAUUCUAAACCCAACGCCACCAUCUUCUCGCCAACGCUCUCCUAGUCCGACGCGCAAAGUGCUCAGUCAAUUGAGACUGGCAAGACCGUCCUUGAGAGUCUGCCAGCCGGAUAUCAGAGUGGUGCAGCCGCCUCGGGUGCAGCAGCUGAGGUCUAUGCUGGUGAAGAAGUUGUCGAGUGGAGUUAUUCCUCGUAAUUUUGAGGUUUGUACAUUUUCUACCCAACCCGCCCUAUUACUUUCCGCAACUAACAGAGUGAAGACUCGCCUUCGAAACGUUGAUCCCGAUCUAUUCGAAGAACCAAGCUCCCUAUUCGAAACUGCUCCCACUAUGCAUUCGACCUUGUACCUCGACAAUCUCUGGAAGUUGACGGACAAGAUAUACAAUGAAGCGCGCCGCUGUUACGACAACCAUCUCGAUGAGAGCGCGUGGAUGAAGGUCGUGAACAACGUUCUCGAGGCCGCAGAUCUCGACCAAGACUCCGCAAUGUUACGCGUCCAUAGCAUCCAGACGCAAUCCAUCGAGCCUGUCUUCCUCCCUAAACACACGUCUCAGUCCUUCGCGAAAAAGGCAGAUCUUGCUCUUGCCUUCUCCUCUGAUCACCCCAAGGUCGCAGCGGCUCUCGAACCUGUGCAUAAGGCGAACCCAGACUUGGCUCUUAGCCAGAUGACAGACGCAUAUACAAGCACGGUGCCGUUGGUUUGCUGUUUGAAGGUUAAAGAGCGUGGGGGAGACUAUAACGAGGCGAUCGUACAGUUAGGAAUUUGGUGCACGGCGGGCUUAGAGCGGUUGCGUGGGUUGUGGGUGCGUACCAGUGAUGGUAGUGAUGGAAACUCCGAGCUGGAGGAAUUACCCCCAUUCUUGGGCUGGACAGUUGUUGGCCAUGAUUGGAAGUUCCAUAUUGUAUGGAAGGAUGCCAGUGGAAAUGUGGUAAGAGCGUUUCCCUGCAAUUACGAUAUAUUCCUAACAUGUUUUCCCUUCACAGAUUGUACUUGGUCCCUGGCGAGUAUUGAACGCGGGCACGGGCAGCCACACUGAGAUCUUAAUCUUGCUAUCGCUCAUACAAAGUGUGAAGAGGUGGUUAGAGGGAGAAUAUUGGGCAUGGCUUUGUGAGAAUGUUCUAGACAAGUGGAGGUAGUAUUAGGUAAUUCCAAUAUUUCAUGAAAUAUAAUAAAAUGUCC